AUGGGUUUUCAAAACAUUUGGUAUUCUCAUCCAAGAAAAUAUGGCCAAGGAUCGAGAUCUUGCCGUUCAUGUGCUAAUGGCCACGGUUUAAUUAGAAAAUAUGGCCUUAAUUUAUGCAGACAAUGUUUUAGAGAAUAUGCUGCUGAUAUAGGAUUCAAAAAGGUA